GGGGUCUAAAAGGAAGAGGAUCCCGAAACGAAGGCAAGAAGCAGAAAAUACAAGUGAAGAGAACAAGAAUCGAAUGAAACCAGAACAAAAAAGAACAAAGGGAACAAGAGGAAGAGGAUGGAGGGAAAGAGAUGAUGAUGGGAAAGAAGAGAGAAGGGGAGGAAGAGAUGGCGGUGGUAAGUGUGAAGUCGUAGCAAUACGAAUAAAACUAAUAAAAAUAAUAAUAAUAAUAAAAACAAUAAUUUUGAUAAUGCUAGUUAGUCGACUACUACUAGAUACAGCUAAUUAAGCCAGGUAUUAUUAUUAUUAUUAUUGCCCUCCUGCGAACGAUGAACACCCACCCAAGCACUCUGACGGGGCCACCUGCUGAGUACUAUCUGCUAA